ACGACGACUUCUAUCGAUAAAGAAAUCUAUGAAUUACCGAAAAUCAUCGAUAAUAUUUAAUCACAGCGAUAAAUAGCUUCGGAUUAUUACAAUGUGUGAAGCAGGUGUGACGAUAAGCAUGGACAAACAAACGAUCCUGUUAUUUGCCCUGCUCCUGAACGCUUCGCUGGUGUGUUCACAAUGGGUGUGCAGGCAGGACAGCGACUGUUCGAGCUUGUCUGGCAGUUCAUGUACAUCAGGUCAAUGCUCGUGUGAGCCGGGACAGCAGGCGGUGUUGGGAGGCAGUGUGUGUAUAGAUGUGGCUCCCUACUUCACAUCAACGUGUAUAGAAGAUUUUCAGUGUGGUGGGUUAUUCACUGGCUUCGAGUGUAGAAAGAAUGGAAACUCUACAGUGGGCCAAUGCAUGUGCCAACCUGGCUUCCACUACCUCAAUGGUAGAUGUUGGAGGUCAAAGGAACAUGGACAGGCCUGCAGCACUAGUGACGAGUGUAUGAACCCAGCGAGAGAUCCCUUCAGUCUCCAGUGUAACGUGACCUGUCAGUGCGCUGAAGGCUACUCCGAAAGACAGAGAGGCAUCUGCAGGAAGACAGCCAGUGCUGCUGGCGAGGCUUGUGUUCUGAACAGCGACUGUAACUACCCCGGCGGUGUCUGCAAUCCGCGUACGUUCGUUUGCAGUCAUGAAAACGACACAUCAACGGACAGUCCGUUCCGUAACGUUGAAAUACAAACACAUCAGAAAAUCUCCAGAGUCCGCUGUGGCGGAGGCCAGCCCUGCGCGAGCCCGUACGUGUGCUCCGGGCUGGGCAUAUGCGUGUGUCCCGCGGGCUACUACGAGAGCUCCCGGGGGGGCUGCUUGGCCGAGCUCGGGUCGCCCUCCACUCCGGAACAAUGCGUGGGCUUCCUGGCGGAGGUGGUGGGCGGGGUGUGCACGUGUCGGGACAACUUCUUCUUCGACGAGAACAUGAGGGAUUGUGUCAAAGUGAGCCGCUCCCUCAGCGACUCCUGCCUGUCGGACGCGUCCUGCCUCUCGUUCGGGCGCGCGCGCUGCGGCCCGCCCUCCGCCCCGCACGGGCUGAGGUCAUGCGAGUGCGUGGACUCGAUAUGGGACCCCGGCAUGGGCGCGUGUAGAUACUUUUCAGGCGUCGGUGAAUUUUGCGAACAAGACAGCGACUGCCUGGCCGGGGAUAAGGUGAUAGAGUGUGUGAGGGACAGCGACGCCGCCGGGGUGUGCGCGUGUCCUGAAGGACAGGUGGAGUACGAAGGGCUGUGUCUUGAGUCAGAUCUUGAGCUCGGUGAGGUCUGUCAGAACUCUCUGGAGUGCGGCGGGAACCACACGGCCUGCAGCGCCGGCCGCUGCGCCUGUAGCGAGGGUUACAGACAGCAGGAGACCGACGGGAGAGCUGUCUGCUUGCCAGCCAUCGGCGGCGGGUGCGAGGGAGACGAGGACUGCGUCAUCGAGAACACGUCGUGUGAGGACCGCACGAGGACGUGCCAGUGCCGCGACGGGUUCACGGCGUUCGAGGACAUCUGCUGGGAGACCUCCGCGGGCUUCAAUUCUUCUUGCAGCGUGACAGCGGAAUGCGCUCUGCAAUCAGCUGUUUGCACAAACGGGCGCUGUGCCUGCCUCCCCAACCACCAUUACAAGGACGGCGACUGUUACCCCAUGAUUGCGCUCUUCUCUCUGUGCACGCGAUCCAGCGAGUGUUUCCUGGGAGACGACAUCUCUGAUAGAGUGGUCUGCAGGAACGGAGUGUGCCAAUGCGACUUUGACUAUCCUUAUUCAGAGGAAUUAAGGAUUUGCACGUCUUCAUCCACAACUCUGAUGGCAACCUCCUUUGUGAUCGUAGCUGCAAUACUAUCAAUACUAGUUCAAUAAAUAAUAAUGUAUUUUUAAUAUAUAAAUAUAAGAAAAAAAAAA